CGCUACAGGUGAUUGGAUGGAGACAAUUAAUGAUUUUAAAGAAAAAUGGCAGUUCCCUAACUGUUACGGAGCUAUGGAUGGAAAACAUGUUUUAAUGCAGGGACAACCUGAUACUGGAUCGGAUUACUACAACUACAAACACUUCCACAGCAUUGUUCUUCUAGCAAUGUGCAAUGCCAACUACAUGUUCACAAUGGUGGAUGUUGGAGGUAAAGGUCGUCAAAGUGAUGGAGGUGUUUUUAAAAAUUCUACAUUUUUCCAAGCACUUAGAGAAAAUCGGUUGAAUAUACCACCUCCAAUGCCUCUAUAUGCUGAUGGUCCUAAUAUGCCACUAGUCUUCAUUGCUGACGCUGCGUUUGAGAUUUACAUUGUUUAACACCGUACAAAGGAGCGACGACUGGAAAUCUGUCAAUCGACAAAAAUAUUUUUAAUUACAGACUAAGUAGAGCUCGUCGAACAAUUGAGAAUGCAUUUGGUAUUUUAGUUGCGGUUUGGAGAAUCUUCCGUACACCAAUCAUGGCUAAUUUGAGUGUGGUAAAAUUGAUUGUACUGGCAACAGUGUGUUUGCACAAUUUUAUAAUAAAAGAAGAGAAAAAGUUACCACAAGACAUGCGACAUUAUUGUCCCGUAAAUAUCGACGAACAAAUCAGUAGUGAAAUUGACAAUAGUGCUUUGCAGCCUUUAGUUAUACCUCAAUCGGCGGCUGCUAAAAAGAAUUUGGCUAAAAAUAUAAAAAAUCAUUUUAAAGAUUAUUUUAUGGGUCCAGGGAAAGUGUCAUGGCAGGAAAGAGCUGUUUACGAAGAGUAAUCAGUUUGUUCUGGUAAUGAUUUUUUAUGUGAUAACAUGUUAUGAAAAUACGUUUUUAAUGUCUGUCUCUUAGUUUCAUGAUUGUCGGCUUAAAUUGUAACUUUAGGAUGUAUGAAGGAAAU